AAAGGUUGUGAAAGUGGUGCUGGUCCAGGUGGAACCACUGAGGGGACAUUGGCUUUUUUUUCACAUGCUGUGUCUUUAUAAACCAGCAGCCUGAAGUUUGUUUCAGUAAAACAGCUCUUGAUUCCUGCAGCAGCUACUGAACACAGUUGUGGCGUUUACACGCUAUCUGCCUCAAUGAUGCUGGCUUCGUUGAUCCUUCUUCUCUCCUUGACGACCUUCUCAGCUCUGUCACAUGACCUCACCUCUUCCGACCUCUCACUACCCUACAGGGUGAAGAGAGACCAGCCUUUCGAGACCAGAGAGAAAGUAAAAGAGACCUUCCAGGUGUUACAAGACACUCUGUCUGCAUUCAAAGACAUAUCAGAGGUGCAGAAAUGGGGAGAAUCGGCAAAAGACAUCCUGAAAAGGCUCGCCAAAUUUGCCAGUGUGGCUCCUGGCUGCGUUGGUGUGCUCCUCUCUGUGGUCAACAUGGCCUUGGCCUUCAUCCCUCAGGAUGACCCAGUGCUGAAUGAGGUGAAGGCAGGGUUCGCUGAGGUGAACAGGAAGCUGGACUCUCUCUCCAUCAAGAUCUCCAACCUGGCAACAGAUGUGGAAUGGUUCAACUACGCCAGCGUCUACUCUCAGGACGAGGUCCGCAUCCUCAACGCCUGGAGGAAGUUCAAUGAGUUUCGUGAGAACAGUGAGUUGGCACAAAAUGAGGGCGAGAAACUCCGACAGGCAGAGAUAUUCAUCAACUACUAUGAGUACACAACAACCGAGGCCAGUGUGGCCAACCUCUACCACUACCUGACGGUCAGCAGCACGUCUCUCAGUGGAAACCUCAACGAGCUGCUGAUGAAGAAGUUUAAAUGUGACAUUAGUGAGAUCGGCAAAUAUAACUUCUAUUUCAGCACUUUGCUGUUAAAGGGGAUGGUGCUAAAUGAGGCUUACUGGAAACUGACUGGUUUGAACCCACUAAACAAAGACGUUGAACACGUCCAAAUGUUCAAGAACGUCUACAGAGCUCAGGUGUCAGCUGUGGAGUUCUGCCUGAAGAAUACAGAGCACUAUGUAAAGGAGGACGUGCUGGAGAUCACCAAAGCAAACAGUCCUGACAACAAAGAAGCCAUCGCUGAUCGGGUGAAAAAGGCUCUGGAUAAGAAGUACAACUGGUACAACUGGGUGGUGCUGGUGUACGCCUCAGCAGAGGAUGGAUAUUACACCCUAUAUGAUCUGACGAAGAUCCCCGUGGACCAGGUCACCGUAGCUGUUGGCCACACUCUGAAAGCAGAUGUAAUAUAUGAACAACCAAUUAAAGAAGCAACUGGAAAGUGCUUUCAACAGUGUGACAUUGAGAAUGAAUUACCAGGAUGCACGUUUUACGUCGAUAUUAUCAGUCCUCUUGAUGAUUCGCCAAGUACUAAUCCUUUUAAAGAAUUUGCUAAAGUUUCAUAUAAAACCAGUUCUACCGAUUUUUCAUUGGUCCCACCAGCAUUUGUGCAACACAGUUGUGGGUAUUUUACCCGUUAUACUGUUUACAUCCAUUACUCCAGGAGCUUGUCUGUCUGCAGAGAUAACACAUGUCAGAACAGUGGAACGUGCAAGAGGCUGCUGGACUCCAACGACAGUCUGUGCGAGUGUCAGGAUGGUUACUAUGGAGAGACGUGUGAACACAGAAUGGAGACAUCGUUCGUCAAGGAGAUGAAUGCCCUCUAUCCUGUUCCCACUAUCACCAGCACCAACGGCAGACUGACGAUGAUCCAGUCCAGACUGGAGAAGAUCGCCAACACCAUCGAUGAGAGAUGUCCCGCUAAAUAAAUAACUUUGAUAAUAAUUUGAGCACACAACUUAAAAUCUUUGUCCCACAAAAAUAUUUUUCUGGGAUUGGGGGGGGGGGGCUUCAUAAUUUUGAACCCAACUAGAAAACUUAAGUUUGUGUGGCCAUCAGGUGGAUUCACAGAAAGCUUGGACUCAUCUGAAAAUAAGUCAGUUAAUAAAUAAAAAAAUCAUUAUCAAUUACAAGUUGUUCUUUAACUUCAUUCAGCCUGAACCCAAAACCUUCAUCAUCAUCAUCGUCACGCUCGUGUGCUUCACUUCUCCUCUCUUGUUUGUAAUUUAAAAAAUAACCAAAUUUCCUUAUUAAAGAUAAACUCAAGCUUCA